AUGAAGGACCUCCUCACACUGGCUUUGUUCCUGGCUUGUAGUGUGCCUGCUGUACCAGGGAGCUUGCUAGAACUGAAUUCAAUGAUUGAGAAGGUGACUGGAAAGACUGCUCUGAUGGACUAUGGCUUCUACGGCUGUUAUUGUGGCUUCGGCGGUCGAGGGACCCCCAAGGAUGGUACCGAUUGGUGCUGUUGGGUGCAUGACCGUUGCUAUGGGCAGCUGGAGGAGAAAGGCUGCUACAUCUGGACACAGUCAUACAGAUACAGAUUCGCACGGGGCCUGGUCACCUGUGAGCUCGGACCCCUCUGCCAGCAGCAGCUCUGCACCUGCGACCAGAAGCUCGUCUACUGCCUGAAGAGAAACCUGUGGAGCUACAACCCUCUUUACCGUUACUUUCCCAACAUCCUCUGCAUCUAG